UCAGGCCUGCUGGCACAUGUAUUAAAUGUAGCUGCAGAACUGAAUACUGUUACUGCAGGAACAUCAAGGUGUGGAAGAAUCUUGGAGAGGCGAAGAUGAUGAUGCAGUUCCUUGUAUGGACUGCUUUGCUUUUUGCAGUCUCAACACAGGCUUGGGGUGAUGGAGAUGGGGAUGAAGAUGAAGGCGGGAUGCCGGAUCUAAUGUCCAUACUUGGAGGUGGUGGCGGUGGCGGCUUAAUGAAGAUGCUUGGAGGUGGUGGUGCUAGUAAACUAGCGGCAUUGGCCCCUAUGCUAGCUGGAGGUGGAGGUGAUGGCGAGGUAGGUGGUGGAGGGGAUCCAAUGUCCAUGCUUGGAGGUGGCGGCGCUGGUGGCUUAAUCAACAUGCUUGGAAAUGGUGGUGCUGGUAAACUAGCGGCAAUGCUCCCUAUGCUAGCUGGAGGUGGAGGUGAUGGCGAGGUAGGUGGUGGAGGGGAUCCAAUGUCCAUGCUUGGAGGUGGCGGCGCUGGUGGCUUAAUGGACACUUUUGAGCAUCCAAGGCCUUUUGGCACUUGCACCUAUGCUUAG